GAUUUACAGCAUACUAGGUCUGUUAUUCUAUUGGCCUGAUAACGAUUAUAGACGUGGAAAUGUUAAGGCUAAGUACGAAGCAGUCUUAUCUUCAGCAGAAAAUUAUGAAAGGUCAAUUAAAAUUUUUAACACUGCGAUUAUUGUUCGAUGGUAGUUAGUCAUGAAAUAUUGGAUGUUGUACACGUUGUUUGAAAAUGCUACUUCUUAGGUCUAUUGGUGAAUGAAACGAAUUGUGUUGUAUGUUAUCGUGAAUAUAAUGCCUCACCAAAUUAAACCCAUCACCAAAGUUUGUAGCUGACUGCAAAGUAGAUUGUAUCUUGUGUAUCUAUAUACUGUAGUUUUAGGUGAUACCAAAACAGAAUAAUAUGACUCAAGAAAAUGAAAAAAUGAAUCCUUGUGAUAUAGAUGAAGUAGAAGUCAGUUCGGAUACAUCUGAAAAGGAGGCCAAAGAAUCCAAAACACACGGAUCAUUAGAGAAUUUUGUGCCACAGAUAUACCGUGCUAAAUUCUUCGGAAAUACUUCCGUCUCUGAGCCUCGUGGUGAUUUUAUUUGCGAAAGCUCACUAGGAUUACUUAAAACGCAGUUGCUUACAUCAAAAUUACACAAGAAAAGAAUUAGGAUACGUGUAGACACCAGUGGAAUUAGUGUUAUUGGUUCACGAAAUUCGACAUUACAUCAUGUGCAUAAAUUUGAAAAUAUUACAUUUAUUUGGACUGACCCCUGUGAUUUACAAUCAUGUGGAAUUAUAGUUAAACAACCAUUAAUUGGGGAUAAUGUUCAUCAAUUUUAUGGUUAUAAACUUUAUCAAAAUACUCCGAAAUUGAUUGGUGUGUUAAAGCACAUCUAUUCAAAUCUUGAGUUAUUACCGCCUAAUGAAGACAUAUUGAGUAAAUCAGAACAUUCUACGGAUACCAGGAUUUUCGACACUACCGAGGAAAAUAAUCCUGAUUUGAUUCAGUUAAUAGAUAUUAGUGACAACACUGUCUCACCACACCAAAAAAACGCUGACAAUGAAAAUAUUCAAAAACAAUACACAAGUAAUGGACACAACAUUCCGUACAAUAAAGAUGGUGAAAAAAACUGGAUAACUUUCGAUGAUCAUUUCGAAAACCAAGGGAUUAGCUGGGAAAACUCUACACCUAAAAAUCUAAUGUCUCAAAAUCUUCAUAAUCAACCAUUUGGUAACAAUGAUCUACAUUUCUUCUCACAAAUCAAUAUGAAUAAUCAAAUGUCCAAACAUAAUUCUAGUCCAUUUAUGGAAAUGACUAAAUGUACAACACAAAACACUCCGUAUUUAAAAUCAUAUUCAACAACAGCUAAUAUUUGGUCAAAUAUACCACCUGCUAUUCAAACCGUAAGUUAAUGCUUUUUUUUGUAUGGUGGUACACAUCAAUAUAGUCAAUAAAACUCAUUUGAAUUUAGAACACUUAAAAAUUGCAGAGCCAAUAGUGGUUGAUUUGAAAUGAUUCUCAUCGUUGCAGUCGAUUUGUUACAUUCUUUAUAAAAUUACUUAUUGAUUGAGAUAUUUACUGAUAAAAUCAAUCUUUGUUCCAAGUGUUAUUGUUUUAUUUAUUAGACUACUUUUCUUUCAUUUGAUAAAUAUUACAUGGAGACUUUCAAAAAAAGAUGAGGAACAUCAUGAUACACUCAGACUCUUUACACAUUGUCGUCAGCCGAAUUUAAACAGUAUUUUUCGUAAAUAUUUGUAUAAAACACAAAAGUACCAAAUUUGAUUACAAUUUCAGUCAUUUCAGCUUAAUAAUAUUUAGUCUAAUUUGAUUAUUUGGAUAUAUCCACUGGAAUUAAAUAUUGAUUAGUUUUAACUGCCUUUUUAUUACAUUAAUUUAACAGUAAAACUGCCUAACGAAUAAUUAUCCACUGUCUACGUUUCUGGUAAUGAUGUGCGAAAAAAUGUAGCCAUUCAGUAUACAACUAAUGUUUUAUGAAUACCAACACGUUACCAUUUACUAUCUACUGAUGAUUAUGAAUAUGAGAAUUUUAUGAACACGUUUGUUAAAGUAACAUAACAAUCUACUGGUACCAUUUAAUAAUUUAUGUGACUUUCUAUUAAGAUAACUAUCUUCGAAUGUGUUUAAUCCUAGAAAGUUAGAUCUUCUUCUGGAAAGUUUUACUAUUCACAAAAGGUUUAAGACUAAAAUAUCCCCAAUGGAUGAUAAUUUUUGUAGCUGGACAACAACACAGCAUAUCCAAACUAAGCCAAAUAAUGUGUAUACUAAUAAUAAAAAUGUUACCAAUAAUCCAUUUUAUAAUUUACCAGUUGGUGACACUCAUUUAAAUGUAAAACAAACUUCUCCACUUGAUACAAUAUUUGAUAUAAAAUUAUUUAACUGAAAACACAACCUUUACUAAUUUCUCAUCAUUAUAUAUUCUUUUUGUUGUUUAUCCAUCUGACAGUAAAAAAAAACAAUCACAUUUUGCAACUCCUCAUUUUGAUUUAUUUUUUUUCGACGUAAUGUGUCUUGGUCAACGAUUUUUCUUCAUUGUGAUUUUUCUUUUUUGAAGAAACACUUUACAAUUGCACACAAGGUUAUGUUUUCUAAUGUGUAUCGUUGAAAACCCAAAUGUAUUUAUUGAAUCUUUGACUGAUAACUUUAUCACACUGAAAAUAAACUUAUCUUUCAUAUCAUUCUGAUCAGUCGAUUUGUUUUCAGAUUUAUAUAGAAUGAUUAGUGAUUAAAGUCCUAAUACACAUCAGUAAGUGAUAUUUGUUGAAUUAUCUGAUUGUUACUACUUUUAAAGCUCUUUUCAUAUGUAACUUAUUUCACAGAUUAAAUCUUUUUUUUAAAAACCUGAUAUAAUUUAAUUGCGUAAAUGUAAUUAAUCGUGUUUCAAUCUACCAAUGGUAAAAAUAGGUAUUUAAGAUAAAAAAAAAUUAGUUUACCUUAUUAUGUCUGACAAGAUAUGAACACUAUUUUACUGAAUGUAAAUAAAUGACUUUACAUUCAUUUAAUUGUUGGAGACUACCUAAAUAGAUAUUUAUCGUAGAUAUUGGGAAAUUUUCAACAAUCAAAUUUUGUGUAUCUCUAAAUACAACAUAUUUGACUUAAUAAGAAGAUUAAAAAUUAUUAUUUUGAAGACUAGAACAAAACAUAUAACAAACAAAGUUGUUUUCAAUAAGAUCUUUAUCAAGCUUUACUUGAAUAUACAGUAAUAUUGAAAUAUAUCGGAAAUAUAAAUCAGUCAGUCCAAUUUAUGAGUUAUUGAUAAUAAUGAAGUAGAUCAUAUAGUUAAUUAUAAUUUGCAAACGAUCGAUCAUUGAGUAGAAAAUAUAUCAGGUCAACUAGUAGUAAUAAGGAUAAUAAUGACUAGCCAGAACGAUUAAAACAUGACAUGAAGCCUACUGUUGCUUGCCAUUUUCCUGUUAACUAAUAUUAUUUAUUAAAAUAAAGUAUCGGCUACCUGUUUUUGCCACUUCAGUGUGCAUCGAUCAAUUCAGUUAUUUCUGUGACAAAAAAUAAAUCAGAAAUUUUUUCAAUUAAUGUAACCAAUAUGUGAAUGAACAUCUUUUUGAGUAGUUUGGAUAAAUCUAAAUAAGUCCUAUGCUUAGCUCUGUUUUAUCAUAUUUGGUUGAUUGUGAUCAUGAAAUAGAUAAGACAAAAUCCAUUGUAGUGAUCUACCGUAUAUUUUGACGAUAAGGAUAAAACUACAGUUACUGACCAUAAUCUGUGCUUGGAAUGUUUAAUUAACGAAAAAAU